UUGAAUGCGAAAGGGCUAAAGAUGCGCUUUGGUACAGCUUUUUUCAUGGGAUUGGCCCUUUGCCUUCUGCUACUCCUGCAUACCAGUCCUUCGGAGGCAAGAAAAAGAAAUCAGAACAGGGCAGCAAAAUCUCGGUCGUCAUCCAAUCCGAUUGCAGCAAUUGAGUACUUUGAUGAGCCUGAGAGACGGCGUACUUCAAUGCGCAACGGUUUUAACCGUGCGCCCAAUAACCCGGGCGAUGCCGAUUAUGGUACCAUAUGGGAUCAAGAUAAAACUUUACUUAGGCACCAACAUUUAACUAAACGGUUGAGUGGUGGCGCGGAGCCGGGCGCUGCUUUCUUCAAUCAGUGCCGUUCCAUAUUCAAGGAGGAGAACUUUGCAGCCCAUGUCGUAGCGGGAAUACUGGAUUCGAUUACGACACGGCUUGAACAGCUCUGCGCUGACAAAGAGAUCCAUCCGCUUUUUAAAAAAAUGGUCGCUGGUAAUCUUUUUUGCCAUUCUAAUGUACUGGAGACCAUGGACAUGCUUCUCGACCUUCUGUUAGACCAGGUGGAAAAGCGUUGUGAAGAUAUACCCGGAUUCCAUGGUAUUUUUCUCUUCACCAAAUGAACAGAU